CAAAAGCCACUUGCCUAGAAAGAGCAGUUCCUGUUUUUGCAAGGACUGCCUGUAUAACAUACUCUUGACAAGGAGGCACCAUACUGCACAGGCAAUAUACUUUGUGUCUGUUCUUUUGGCAAGAGGACGAACCAUCUGCAAACUUUUGACAACUGGAAGAUGCUAUGAUCCCCACCCUCAUAGUUCUGCUUUGUCUUGGACUGAGUCCUGGCCCCAGGAACCAAGUGCUGGCAGGGGGCCUCUCAAAACCCACACUCAGAGCUGUGCCAAGUAAUGUGGUAACCAUUGGGAAGCAGGUAACUCUACUUUGUGAAGGUCCCUUAGAUGCCCAAGAAUACCAUUUCUAUAAAGAAGGUAAGCCACAUUCCCAGGUACCAACAGCUCAUGAAGACACUGAAAAAAAGGACAAGAUCUUUAUCUCAUCCAUUAAAAGUAAUGAUGCAGGCCAAUAUCACUGUUAUUAUAAAAGCCCUGCUGGCAUAUCAGAACACAGUGAAACCCUGGAGCUCGUGGUGACAGGUUUCUAUAUCAAACCAACCCUGUCUGCACUGCCAAACCCUGUUGUAGCCUUAGGAGGAUCUGUGACGCUCUCAUGUAUCUCACAUCAGGGAUACAAUAGGUUCAUUUUAAUUAAGGACAAGCAGUUCUCCAGCUCCAUGGACUCACAAUAUGUAUAUGAUGGGCUGUCUCCAGCCAGAUUUGAAGUGGGUCCCAUCACUCUCAGAGAAAGAUGGAGUUUCAGAUGCUAUGGUUAUCAUGCAAGCAACCCUCAAGUGUGGUCAGAAGGUAGUGACAUCCUGGAGCUUCUCGUCUCAGGGACGCUCCAGAAAACCAGCAUCUGGGCUGAGCCAGGCUCUGUGAUCACCUCAGGGAAUCCUGUGACAAUCUGGUGUGAGGGAACUAAGGAAACUCAAAUAUAUUUCCUGUAUAAAGAAGGAAGCGCAGCACCCUGGGGUAGAUUGACUGCACCAGUACCUGAUCACAAGGCCAAGUUUUCCAUCCCAUCCAUGAGAGAGUAUAAUGCAGGACGAUAUAGCUGUUACAGUUACAAUUCUGCUGGGUGGACACAGCAGAGUGACACCCUGGAGCUGGUGAUGACAGGUGUCUACAACAAACCCACCCUGUCUGCACUGCCAAACCCUGUUGUAGCCUUAGGAGGAUCUGUGACCCUUUCAUGUACCACAAAUCAGAGAUAUGAUGGGUUUGUUUUAAUUAAGGAUGAGCAGAUCUACAGCUCCAUGGACUCACAAUAUGUAUAUGAUGGCCAUUCUUCAGCCAGAUUCCAAGUGGGUCCCAUCACUCUCAGAGAAAGAUGGCGUUUCAGAUGCUAUGGUUAUCAUGCAAGCAAGCCUCAAGUGUGGUCAGAAGGUAGUGACAUCCUGGAGCUUCUAGUCUCAGGGACCCUCCAGAAACCCAGCAUCUGGGCUGAGCCAGGCUCUGUGAUCACCUCAGGGAAUCCUGUGACAAUCUGGUGUGAGGGAACCAUGGAGACUCAAAUAUAUUUCCUGUAUAAAGAAGGAAGCCCAGCACCCUGGGGCAGAUUGACUGCACCAGUACCUGAUCACAGGGCCAAGUUUUCCAUCCCAUCCAUGACAGAGUAUAAUGCAGGAUGA